AUUUUUUUUUUCAAUAUGUUUGGGUCUUGAUUUGAUUUUCUCUUGUAAUUUAUAAGUUAACAUGAUCGAUUUUAUUUUCUAGGGUACCCAACUAUAUGAUCCAAAAGCCGGGGGUUGGCGAGACCUUGGUAUGCUUGAUGUUAUGCAGAUAUUUGGGCGAGCUGGGAGACCUCAGUUUGACAAAAGUGGUGAAGGUAUUAUAAUUACGUCACAUGACAAACUAGCUUAUUAUCUGCGACUGUUGACAAGCCAACUCCCGAUUGAAAGCCAGUUCAUUAGCUCCUUGAAAGAUAAUUUAAAUGCAGAGGUGGCAUUGGGUACUGUAACUAAUGUUAAGGAAGCCUGUGCUUGGCUGGGCUAUACUUAUCUUUUUAUAAGGAUGAAGAUGAAUCCUUUAGCCUAUGGUAUUGGGUGGGACGAGGUGAUGGCGGAUCCUGCUCUUAGUUCUAAGCAGAGGUCUCUUGUAAUUGAUGCUGCACGUGCCCUUGAUAAAGCAAAAAUGAUGCGUUUUGAUGAGAAAAGUGGCAAUUUUUAUUGUACUGAGCUUGGUCGCAUUGCAAGCCAUUUUUACAUUCAAUAUUCCAGUGUAGAAACAUACAAUGAAAUGCUGAGACGGCACAUGAAUGACAGUGAGGUGAUUAACAUGAUUGCACAUUCUUCUGAAUUUGAAAAUAUUGCUGUUCGAGAAGAAGAACAAAAUGAGCUAGAGAUGUUGGCGCGCACAUCAUGUCCAUUGGAAAUCAAGGGUGGUCCUUCCAAUAAACAUGGAAAAAUUUCCAUUUUGAUUCAGUUGUACAUAUCUCGAGGUUCUAUGGAUUCUUUUUCUUUGGUAUCUGAUGCUGCAUAUAUUAGUGCAAGCUUGGCUCGAAUAACACGGGCGUUAUUUGAGAUUUGUUUACGAAGAGGCUGGUGUGAGAUGACUCUGUUCAUGUUGGAAUAUAGCAAAGCUGUGGAUCGUCAAGUUUGGCCACAUCAACAUCCUCUUAGACAAUUUGACAAGGACCUUUCUGCAGAAAUAUUGAGAAAGCUUGAAGAGCGUGGGGCUGACCUAGAUCGCCUGUUUGAGAUGGAGGAAAAAGACAUUGGGGCAUUAAUUCGGUAUGCACCAGGAGGAAGGUUGGUCAAGCAAAACCUAGGGUAUUUUCCAUCACUUCAAUUAUCAGCAACUGUGAGUCCAAUUACAAGAACUGUGCUGAAGGUUGAUUUGGUCAUUACGCCUGUUUUCACUUGGAAAGAUCGUUUUCAUGGUACUGCUCAACGUUGGUGGAUUUUGGUUGAGGAUUCUGAGAAUGAUCACAUCUACCACUCGGAACUCUUUACGCUGACAAAACGGAUGGCUAGAGCCGAACCUUACAAGCUUUCCUUCACUGUACCUAUAUUUGAACCACAUCCACCGCAAUAUUAUAUCCAUGCUGUUUCUGAUUCAUGGCUUCAUGCUGAGGCAUUCUACACUAUUACUUUUCACAAUUUACCAUUGCCAGAGGCUCGUACAUCUCAUACAGAACUCCUUGAUUUAAAACCUCUCCCUGUGUCUUCUCUCGGCAACAAUGCUUAUGAAGGAUUGUAUAAAUUUUCACAUUUUAAUCCGAUACAAACACAGAGUUUUCAUACCUUGUAUCACACGGACAAUAAUGUUCUGUUAGGAGCUCCAACUGGAAGUGGAAAAACUAUAUCUGCUGAGCUUGCUAUGCUUCGUCUUUUCAAUACUCAGCCUGAUAUGAAGGUUAUUUAUAUAGCUCCUUUGAAAGCAAUAGUCAGGGAAAGAAUGAGUGAUUGGCAAAAGCGUCUUGUCUCUCAACUAAGGAAAAAAAUGGUUGAAAUGACUGGAGACUAUACUCCUGAUUUGAUGGCUCUUUUGUCAGCUGAUAUCAUCAUAUCUACUCCUGAAAAGUGGGAUGGAAUUAGUCGUAAUUGGCAUACCCGUAGUUAUGUCACGAAGGUUGGACUUAUGAUUUUGGAUGAGAUUCACUUAUUGGGAGCAGAUCGUGGGCCAAUCCUUGAGGUUAUUGUAUCUAGGAUGAGGUAUAUAUCAUCCCAAACAGAGCGACCAGUAAGAUUUAUUGGCCUUUCUACAGCACUGGCUAAUGCUGGUGAUCUAGCUGACUGGUUAGGCGUUGAGGAACUUGGACUCUUCAAUUUCAAGCCAAGUGUAAGGCCUGUACCCCUGGAAGUUCAUAUUCAGGGUUAUCCUGGAAAGUAUUAUUGCCCAAGGAUGAACAGCAUGAAUAAACCAGCAUAUGCUGCAAUAUGCACACAUUCACCUGCAAAACCAGUUCUUAUAUUUGUCUCAUCCCGACGCCAGACGAGACUUACUGCACUUGACCUAAUUCAGUUUGCUGCGUCGGAUGAACAGUCAAGACAGUUUCUUAAUUUGCCUGAGGAAACCCUGCAGAUGGUUCUGUCUCAAGUCUCUGACCAAAACCUUAGGCAUACUUUGCAAUUUGGCAUUGGAUUACAUCAUGCUGGUCUGAAUGACAAAGACAGAUCACUGGUUGAGGAACUCUUUGGAAACAACAAAAUUCAGAUAUUAGUUUGUACCAGCACAUUGGCUUGGGGUGUGAAUCUUCCAGCUCAUCUUGUGAUUAUCAAGGUGAUAUUUCUGUAGGUGUUUCCUUUUAUGCUAU